GAGAGGAAGAGUAGUUGCAGCUCUCGUGCUUCCACCAUCUGGUUUCGAUUUGCCUUGAAAAAAGCUUUGUUGCAUCUCUCCUUCUUCCUCAACUGUUUGUUUUCGUUUCCCUUUUUUUACCCCAAAAGAAAAACAUUCCGACCACCUGCUAUAUAAGAACCCCCUCCUCUGUUUUUUCAUCUCAUGUCUUCACACAAGACAAGACUGCUGCAUUAGAGAGAUUUCUUUCACAUCUUUGACCAGACUGUUGAAGAUCUGCCAUGGGACCAGGCGGACCAGGAGGACCCGGACCAGGAGGACCAGGAGGACCAGGCGGACCAGGAGGACCCGGACCUAGUCUUGGAUGGGGACCCGGACCUGGUCCUGGAUGGGGACCAGGACCUGGAGGGCCAGGGCUCUUGCCACCCAUUGGAGGUUUCUUUUCUGGAUUUUCAGACAUGAUAUGUUCCUGUCUAUCUUGUCUCUGCUGCUGCUGGCUGCUACGGGAUUGCUUUGGCGGGCCACCACCUGGUCCACAAGCACCACCACUUCUUCCUUCGUAUUAUUGAUCGCCCGAGUGAUCACAAGAUUACACAUGUUUGUUAAAAUAUUUCAAAAUAAUAAUAUGGUUUCAGAUACUUCUUCUAUCUGAAUUUCUGCUUGGCCUGUAUACAUUUAAAAAAAAAAAAAAAAAAAAAAAA